CCCGUGCUUUAGGAAGUCAAUAAGAGUGACCCUCCAGGGACGCACAAGCAUUAUCAAAAGAAGCCCCCCCGUUUGAUGCCAAACAGCACCUGGAGCACAAAGGGAACCAUGCCUGUGCCCAAGAAAGCUGGAAGGAAAAACAGCAGCGCUCAAGAAGAAAAGCUGCCGAUAUAUGAGCCCAAUGUCCCUGAACCCACCACCAGAGCUGACUUCAUGAAAUAUUGGAUCCCCAUCACUCUGGAUGAUAAAACUGCACAGAAGCUGCUGUGGAUUUCAGAGGGUGGUUCAAAGGUGGCUCGUACAGCCGAUGCAGUCUGCCCAUAUCCCAACAGACCUGAGAGAUACGAACACUCCCCACAGGCCCUGUGUAAGGAGAAUCUGCUGGGUCAUCGGGGGUACUGGGAGGUGGAUUAUGAUGGCUGGGUGGUGAUCGGGGUGGUCUGUGACAGCGCGCCCAGGAAGGGCCAGGACGGGCCCUGCGGCCUUGGAGAGAACAGCGGCUCCUGGGGUGUCGGCUGGUCAGGCUCCUGCUACCAAGUGUGGCACAACGGCGAGAAUGUGGACAUCACACUCCCCAAGACUUCCAAGAUGGGCGUCUACGUGGACCAGCCAGCUGGCAUCAUCAAGUUCCUCGUGGUGGAGGACGAGAUGGAGGUGCGGCUGAUUCACAAGUUUAAGGCCAGCAUCCAGGAGAAGAUCUACCCUGGGUUCUGGGUCGGAACAAAUUCGUUCUGCCUUAUUCGGAAAAAGGACCAGUGACACAGCAGAGGGUUUAGAA